CAAUGGGACUGAACCCAGAACCAUGUGGUUGGUGGUUUAACAAAGGGCGCACAAAGAAUGGUAACCGGAAGCAAGAGACCAUUACAGAAAUGCAGGAGUUUUAUGCUGCGAUGGUCGAUAGAAUGGAUACUCGAAUGAGGACGCUGACCCUUCCUAAUAGAAAACUUGGAGUGACCUUAGCAGGAUUUUACAUCGAUGAGGACCCCAAGUCAAGACUGUGGCUGGACAAAGAUGGACGUCAAAAGACCGAGAUUAAAACCGACCAGUUUCUUAAAGCGCUAACACACUGGUCAAAACGAAGGAAUCUUCCGGAACAUGACCAUGCUAUGUUCUUCACCAUCCUUGAAGUGUUUGAAAAUGGACAGAAAAAACUGAGAGGAUACUCCCCACAAUCAAAGAUUUGCUCCAAUGAAAGUGUAUCAAUUAUCCAGGAAAGGCUGGACUUCAGCACAAUCACUGUAGCAACACACGUAUUAGCACACAGUCUUGGAGCCCGCCAUGAUGGAGAUUCGAACCCUUGUCGGCCAGAAGACCACUACAUCAUGUCGCCAAAAAGUGUGACCCUCACAGAAGGUUCUAUACUCAAUAUGUGGAACUUCUCAUCCUGCUCCAGUAACUCUGUCGGCCAAAAUCUGAAACGCCUUAACGAAGAGAACGCAAACUGUCUGAAGAACACACCGUCCGUCCGUCGUUCAAAGCCACACCGUCAGCUUGGUCAAAUGUUUGACGCUGAUGUCCAGUGUCAACACAUCUUUGGAGAGACGUCGUAUGUAUGUCGGUCAAAGUAUUGGUCAUCAUAUCGUGGUCUUUGUACUGGCCUUUGGUGCUCUACCAACUCUGGACAUUGCCAAAAGAUUAUCCCAGCUGAUGGCACAUCAUGUGGAAGACAAAAGGUCA